UAUAGGGAGCGGACACCUGGCUGCUGAGGGCAGUUUCCUGGCCAAUUCUUCCACACUUCAAUCAAUGUUGCCCCUGUUCCUCCUGCUCUUUGAGGGACUUCUCUGGCAUGGGACAGCUCCACAGGCUCCAGGACCUUGGUCAGCAGGAGAAGAGCCUCUCUCCUUCCAUAUACUCCACAUUGCCUCCUUUGCUAACCAUAGCUGGGCACAUGCCGAGGGCUCGGGCUGGCUGGGCGAGCUGCAGGUGCAUGUCUGGGAUAGUGUCACGGGCACCAUCCGCUUUCUGAAGCCCUGGUCCCGGGGAAACUUCACCGAGGAGGAGUGGAGGAACCUUCAGGCUCUGUUCCAGUUGUAUUUCCAUGGUUUUACUCGAGAAGUACAGGCCUUCGCCACUCAGUUUCAGUUGGAAUACCCCUUUGAGCUCCAGAUGUUAUCUGGCUGUACAGUACAUGCUGGGAACUCAGUGGGCUUCUUUCGUGGAGCAUACAAAGGAUCUGAUUUCUUGAGUUUCCAAGGCAACUCAUGGGAGCCAUCUCCAGGAGCAGGGAUCCCUGCUCAGAAUGUCUGCAGGAUGCUCAAUGGCUACAGAGAUCUUAAGGAACUACUGCAGCAUCUGCUUGAACAAACCUGCCCUUGCUAUCUAGCAGGUCUCCUUGAAGCAGGAAGGGCAGAACUGGAGCGGCAAGUGAAGCCUGAAGCCUGGCUCUCCAGUAGCCCCGGCCCUGGGCAUGACCAUCUGAGGCUGGCAUGCCAUGUCUCUGGCUUCUACCCAAAGCCCGUGUGGGUGAUGUGGGUGAUGGGUGAGCAGGAGCAGAAGGGCACCCAGAGAGGUGACACCCUGCCCAAUGCUGACGGGACGUGGUAUCUGCGAGCCACCCUGGAUGUGGAGGCCGGGAAGGCAGCAGGCCUGGCCUGCCGCGUGAAGCACAGCAGCCUUGGGGGACGGGACAUUGUCCUCUACUGGGGUGGACACCCCCCCCCUCCUCCUGCUGACCUGUGUGACUUUCAUGGCCAUCCUUGUCAUGCUGCUCGUUCUGGACUCUUGUUACCGAAAACACAGCUCACACCCAAGCAUUCUUUCUCCUAAAAUACCGAAGACUGUCUUUUCCAUUGGCGCUAAAACCCAGGACUUUAGGUAUUCAGAACCUUGUCUCUGCUUGGCACAAGAAUC